GAUUGGAUAUAUUGGAUAAAUAUUGGAUUUCUGCUUCGUCAUUAAGGUUUCUUAAAAAUAUAUAUUAAAGAAAAUAUAUAAAUUACACUAGAAAUAGUGGAGAUAAAUAUAAAAUAUGUUAGAAUUAAAAUGGCUUUUAAUUUUAGCAUUUCAAAUGCUUAUAAUAACAAAUAUAGAAGGUUCCAUAGGUGAUAAGUCUCAAUUUUACAAUUUAUGUUUUGAAAAAUGUCUUGAUAGUAAUUGUGAUAGAGAUAAAAAAUUUAAAGAAUUACCUUCUUUAUCAUUAAGAUUAUUAUUUUGGUCUUGUACAGAAGAUUGUAGUUAUAAAUGCACUUGGAAGACAGUUGAUUAUUUUAUAUCUCAUGGUUUAAAAGUUCCUCAAUUUCAUGGAAAGUGGCCAUUUAUUCGUUUUUUUGGUUGUCAAGAACCUGCUUCUGUUAUAUUUUCUAUAUUAAAUUUUUAUGCUCAUAUUACUAUGUAUUGGAAAUUUAAAAAAAAAUAUGGAUCAACUUAUCCUAUGUUUUAUAUAUGGACUUAUUUCAGUUUGGUAUGCAUGCAUGGUUGGUUUUGGUCAUUUAUUUUUCAUGCAAGAGAUAUUCCAUUUACAGAAGUAAUGGAUUAUUCUUCUGCUUUUAUUAUGGUUCUUACAUUACUAUAUUGUAUGUUAUUAAGGAUAACUUAUAAAAAUAAUAAGUUUUUUGCUGUGAUUACAUGUGGAUAUCUUAGUACUUUAUAUUCACAUUUAUCUCAUUUAUGGUCUGGUUAUAUUAAUUAUGACUAUAACAUGAAAUUUAAUAUAGUUAUAGGAUUUUUAACAUUUGUUAUAACAAUGACAUGGUGGCAUCGUAAUCAAAAAAAAUUAUCUUAUAUAUAUUUGAUUGGUUGGUUCAAUAUAUUAACAGUUUUUGUUACUAUAUUAGAAAUAGCAGAUUUUGCACCCAUUUUUUGGAUUUUUGAUGCUCACUCUUUAUGGCAUGCAAGUACAGUCCCACUUACAAUAUUAUUGUAUAAAUUCAUGAUGGCAGAUUGUUCUUAUUUGAAUAUAUACUAUAGUAAAUUGACAUUAAAUAUUGAUUAUCACAUACAUUAA